AUGGGAGAUGAACACAAAGUCAAAAAUGGAAGCCGCGGAUCUCGGCAAUGGUUCCCGCUGCUCUUGCGUCCUUGCCGCUAGCGUAUUGAGUGUGUCCAGAGCCCCAGAUCUUUUGCGAGCUUGGAUUGCGAGCUCGGAGUCAAGAUCGCAGCCGCUCCUCUACCCAAACUUACCCUUAACCACCUCCACUCUUGUCGAAAGGUCUCACGCGUCUUUCUCAAGUAAGGGGAGCCAUCAGAAAGCCAUCAGAGAGAAAAAGUGAGGCUCCGUGGGAGCGGAGAGUGUCUGUGCGUGGUUCUGGGUGUGUCUGGCUGUGGGCGGGGCGAGUGAGCGUUGGUGUGUGUCGUGGAAGUGACAUAGAGAGCGCUAGAGUAGUGUACAUGGCCACCCUUGCCCUCCGUUUGGCUCACCUCUUGCCCUGCCUGUGUCUUGUGUGCCCCUGUGUGUGUGUGUGUGUGUCGUCAGGAUGCAGAUCUUCGUCAAGACUCUGACCGGCAAGACCAUCACCCUCGAUGUGGAGCCUUCAGACACAAUUGAGAAUGUGAGACCCACACCCCCUCCCCUCUCACCACAGCACCCCGCGUCCUCAUGUGUGUGUGGUGUUUCGUUGUUGCAGGUGAAGGCCAAGAUUCAGGACAAGGAGGGCAUCCCGCCCGACCAGCAGCGCCUGAUCUUCGCGGGCAAGCAGCUCGAGGACGGCCGCACCCUCUCCGACUACAACAUUCAGAAGGAGAGCACGCUGCACCUCGUCCUGCGACUCCGCGGUGGGGUCAUCGAGCCAUCACUCGCCGUUCUCGCAAGGAAAUACAACUGCGAGAAGAUGAUCUGCCGCAAGUAAGCUAAGCUGGGCUGGGAGGGAGGGAGGGAUCAUUCGACGGAGUGAGGCAUCUGCAGUCCCGCAUCGAUCUUAAGACACCGUCUGUCGCCUGUGUCUGUUGUGCGUGUGUGGUGUGUGUGCAGGUGUUACGCCCGUCUGCCCCCCCGUGCGGUCAACUGCCGCAAGAAGAAGUGCGGCCACACCAACCAGCUCAGACCCAAGAAGAAGCUCAAGUAA